AUGAAUAUCCUUCGCCCCUUGUCUCCAUCUUUCAUUCGUUCUAUGAUUCUCCUUUCUACCCUUCUUUUUACUACCUGUCUCUUGUCUCAUUUGAUUGGCUUUGAUCCCUACCUUAUUAUGGAGAGGGUCAAAGGUUCUUUUUUCCUCCAAGCCUUACGUGCUCUUUUUAGGCUCUUUGGUUUUGAAGUGCCUAUCUGCUGCCUUCUUCUUUCGCUCCUCGCUUUGGUUGGCGGUUGCAGCAGCUUGCACAUGGAUGAUAAUUCCGCUGGAGGAAGGGGCUUCAGUUUGACUGAUUUAUUUUCCGAUUUAUUUGGAAGCAGUUCCCCUGCAAAUUCCGAAGCCGGUCUCAACCAACCGGCCCCGGACUCUCCCAACCCUGGUGAACCCGCAGAGCCUCCUAUUGCUGAGCCUUAUCAUCCGUUACAGGAGGAUGGAGAGAGGCUAAGGGAGCUCAAUGAGCGCCUUUCCUUCUAUACUUUCGGGUGUCCCCUGCCCGAGCAUAUUUCCUCCGAUAUUCUCGAGGCUCAAUUCCAAACGGAACUAAAGAUAGAGGAAGCCCUUCGUUCAGACAGAGUGCAAGACGCGUCUCUUUUUGAGAAAAGGCACCAGAUUAGGGGGGAACUCUUCUAUCCGUUUGGGAAGCCAUUAUCCUUGGACACUUACUUAGACCACCUAUCUCAAAUAGAAAACUAUGGGACCCACCGCAGCCUGCCUUAUAAAAGGGUUUUGAAAGCGAUUGCUCGGCAGGACUUAGCGCUGGUCUUUGACUCAAUCAAAAGAAAGAGAUACUGGUAG